CCUGUCAUACCGACAUAGCGUUCGAUGUAUACACUCUAGGAGUCAUUUCUUGUUCUUUAUAUUAAAAAAGAACAAAUAUGAAUAUAUAUUUACAAUUUCAAGAUUGACAGCUCAAUCAUUAUAUACGACUUGAAUCGUAGCCUAUAUUGGCGCCGCUUGGAAAUCACGGCCAAGAAAUUAAGAAGUAGUAAUAUUAAUACGUACAGUCUACAUGUUUAUGUAGACUGUUAAGUGCAAAUUAUGAUUGUUUGUUACACGAGAAAGUAUAGCGGUUAAGCGAAUGCGUAAUAAAUUACUUGAUGCUACCUAACCUCAAAGAUGAUAAUCCCGCACGUAUUUGCACUACUUACCGCUUUGAUUGGCAUUGAGGCACGUGCAUACAAUGAUGCAUAUAACGACUUCUUUGAUGAAGAAUUAAUGUUGAAGCCUUUGCCGAAUAAUCACAUUUAUGCCUAUUUUCAAUUUACUACAAUAUGGGAGACGGCAAAUCACAUAGAAGCACUUCAUCAUACACAUCUCUUUCCAAGGGGAUUGGGUGAGAUCAUUGGUCGCCAUAAUGUUGACGAGCUACAUGUUACUUUAACGGAAGGUUUGUGGAAUUAUCAAAAAUGGGGAUAUCCUUUCCAUGAUGCUGGGCCUGGUGCCGAAAUCAUUGCUUGGUUCAAAAGGGAUAUAACAAACGUAGACGAGGAGUGGAAAGGGCUGACAAAUGCUUUAGCUGGAUUACUUUGCGCAUCUCUGAAUUUUGUUGAUGCAUCCAACAGUAUGUCACCAGAAUUUACCUUUCGUCCUACUGGUGUUACGGAUGGACCAGUGAAUUCUAGUCAUCUGCGUUAUUCAUCAUUACCGAGAGAGAUAGUUUGUACUGAAAAUCUAACACCAUUCAAAAAAUUAUUGCCUUGUGAUUCCAAGAGAGGUCUAGCCACAUUGUUAAAUUCGGCACAUAUUCAUAAUACAAAUUAUCAUUCCAUUGGAAUACAUUUCCGAUCAAUAUGUCGCGAUAUAACUUGUACAAAGCCAUCUUUAGAACUACAACAAACUGUUUCCUUAAUAUAUGAUACAGUAAUAGAUAUAAAUCAGGAUUGGUCGAUACGAAAAUUUUUUGGAAUGGGGCUUAAAGGUGCAUGUCCGCUUGCAAUAUUAAGUAACAUUUAUAUUGACAUAUCUGACAACAAUACAAAUCAUGUAUACGAACUAACACCACCACCAAAUGCAAAAGUUGUUAGUUUGCGUGGUGGACAACAGAGUGAAAUAGCAAUAUAUGAUAUCAGGGCUCAUUCCAGUAGAGGAAUAUUUAAUAUUGCUGCUGUACAUAGUGCGCCAAAGAAUAGUAUUAUAAAUUAUCCCUCAAUUCUCUAUGCGAAUAGAUAUAUUAUUGGAUAUGGCCAAGAAAGAGGCAGUUUAGUGACUAAAUUGUAUAACAAUCACUGGCAGGCGUUAGAUGUAAUCUUAUUAGAAAAUAUUCCAUGGUACUUGCUAGUUUAUUUACAUUCUAUUACAAUAACUCAGAAUGAGAAACAAGUUCGUCCAUUGGCGCAACGUUAUUUACCUGGAAGGGAGAGAAAAAGCCCGUACUAUUUGGAAUUAAUCCUGCGCUUGCCACCGCAUUCAGUAACGAAAAUCUCCAUCGAUAUGGAUUAUUUAUUUCUCAAAUGGCAAGAAUAUCCGCCGGAUGCUAAUCACGGUUUUUAUAUGGGACCAGCCAUAAUUACAGCUUUGUUACCCAUAGCUAGAAAUUACACUGCUCUGCCACUCGAUGGAAGUACAAUUACUUCAAGUUUUAAUGCUUCGAGGGAUGGUUAUCUAGUACAAUUACGGACAGAGUCCUUGCUUAUCAGUCUUCCGACUCCCGAUUUUAGUAUGCCUUAUAAUGUUAUAUGCCUUGCCUGUACAGCUGUCGCAUUAGCAUUCGGUCCACUUCACAACAUUUCCACGAAGCGAUUAGUUUUAAAACGCAUUGAAAAGGAUUGGAAAGGUAAAUUAGUUUCCUUUUUCAUAGGAAAAUUAUUUGGAACAAAGAAAAAACAAGAAUAAAGACUUUUAAGCAUAUGUAUUAAAAGCA